CGCGUGUUGCCAUAGCGACCAUAUUACGUUAACCGGUUUGCAGCUUUCUUCUAGGCAGCUGGGAGAUUGCGGGGGCAGCUGGUUCUCCUCCUGUUUCUUCUUCGCUCCCUGCACCCGAAAGGCCUUACAGGCUCCUGGGAUCUGGCCUGGUGCUCCGCGGCACCGGGUGGGCGCGGGAUGGCUGCAGAAGAGGACGAGGUGGAAUGGGUGGUGGAGAGCAUUGCGGGUUUCCUGCGAGGCCCGGACUGGUCCAUCCCCAUCUUGGACUUUGUGGAGCAGAAAUGUGAAGUUUUUGAUGAUGAAGAAGAGAGCAAAUUGACCUAUACAGAGAUUCAUCAGGAAUACAAAGAACUAGUUGAAAAGCUGUUAGAAAGUUACCUCAAAGAAAUUGGAAUUAAUGAAGAUCAGUUUCAAGAAGCAUGCACUUCUCCUCUUGCAAAGACCCAUACCUCACAGGCCAUUUUGCAACCUGUGUUGGCAGCAGAAGAUUUUACUAUCUUUAAAGCGAUGAUGGUCCAGAAAAACAUUGAAAUGCAGCUGCAAGCCAUUCGGAUAAUUCAAGAAAGAAAUGGUGUAUUACCUGACUGCUUAACAGAUGGUUCUGAUGUGGUCAGUGACCUUGAACAGGAAGAGAUGAAAAUCCUGAGGGAAGUUCUUAGAAAAUCAAAAGAGGAAUAUGACCAGGAGGAAGAAAGGAAGAGAAAAAAUCAGUUAUCAGAGGCUAAAACAGAAGAGCCCUCGAUGCAUGCCAAUGAAACUGUAAAAAUGAAUAAUUCCCAAGGGGAUGGUGAACACUUUGCACACCCACCCUCAGAAGUUAAAGUGCAUUUUGCUAAUCAGUCAGUACAACCUUUGACAACAAAGCUGGAAAUGUUGCCUGAAACUUCUACCCUCCCGAAAAAAGGCCUGAAGAUUCCUGGCUUCGAACGUGCAAGCAUUGAAGGACCAAUAGCAAAUUUAUCAACACUUGGAACAGAAGAGCUCCGGCAACGAGAACAUUAUCUAAAGCAGAAGAGAGAUAAAUUGAUGUCCAUGAGAAAGGAUAUGAGGACUAAGCAGAUACAAAAUUUGGAGGAGAAAGGAACACCUGUUGGCGAGUUAGAGGAAAUGACAGAGAAACCAGAAAUGACAGCAGAGGAGAAGCAAACAUUACUAAAGAGGAGAUUGCUUGCAGAGAAACUUAAAGAAGAAGUUAUUAAUAAGUAAUUUUAAGAACACUUUAGGAAAGCAGGUCAAAAUUUCUUAAAAAUAAAUUAUUUAAUCCUUAAA